AUGGCUGGUUUGAAUGUCUCCAUGGCCUUUUUCAUUUCCAUCAUUUGCCUUUGUGAAGUGACCAGGAGAUUCUCCAAGAGAAUUUUUCCACCUAAGGUCUACUUUUAUUUUGCUAGUGAACUGGUCAGCUCAUUCCAGAUGUGCACCUGCUUUCUUGAACUGAAGAUGUUGAGGGAUAUUGGUCCAUGGGGAGGUGGCUUUGGCCCGGAUGUGAGCCUGACUCUGCUCUUUCUUCUCUUUUCAGUUCAUGGUGCCACUUCAGAUGGCAGUUCUGCCAACCCUAUGAUUUCUCUUCAGGAAUUUCUAGCUUUGGAUUUUUCUUUGAAGGCUACUGUUGCCAAACUCUUGGCCCAGUUUGUAGGGAUGGAAGUAGCUUUUGCUUUUACAAAGAAGUAUUGGUCCAGGGAACUGACAGAUUUCCAUAUCAUUCAGAACUUAAUGGCCCAAGACUGCAGUUCAUCUAUCAGCACCUCUGUCUCCCAUGGUAUUUUUGUGGAAGCCCUGUGUUCAUUUUUUUUCCAGCUAGUGGUUCUCAGAUUCCAGAUGAGUGCUCUCAUGUACAGAAUACCUAUUGUGGCAAUUACAGUUACUGCUUUGGCCUAUGCAGCUGCACCUUUCACAGGAGCCUUUUUUAACCCUGCCCUAGCCUAUGUCGUGACCUUUACCUGUUCUGGGAAUAGCUCACUGGAGUACUUUCAGGUGUAUUGGCUGGCACCCAUCACAGGAAUGCUGAUAGCUCUGUUCCUGUAUCAGGGGAACAUCCCUCGCCUCUUCCAGACAAACCUGCUUUACAGCCAGAAGAACAAAUACAGGAUCCCCAAGGGGAAAGCUCAGUCUGGUGCGCAGAAUCAAGCAGAGAGAGGCAGAAGCAGAGAAGAGCAGUUGCUCAACUCCAACUGACAACUCAGUGAAGGUGACUGGCAGUGGUGUCUCUGUCUUGGCAUGGGGAAGGAGACCUUGACCAUUGCUGUGGUCUCCUGAAGUCACUUGCAGUACAUUCUAGCUAGAAAGAGGACUAGCCAGAAAUUGUGCUAUUGCAUCUCAUGUUUUUUUUUCUUUUCGCAUUUGAUUGGACCUUGUAGUUCCAAAGGCCUGCAAGAAG